AUGCCUCGCGACCCCCUCAUCGCCCUCGUCGGCAAGCCCUCUUCCGGCAAAUCCACCACCCUCAACAGCCUGACCGACACCACCGCCAAAGUAGGCAAUUUUCCAUUCACCACUAUCGAUCCGAACAGAGCGGUAGGCUAUCUGCACAUCCCCUGCGCAUGCUCCCGCACAAUACUCCCCGGCAACACCCCGCCUUCGCCGUCAGAUCCUCCGCCGCUGCAGACCAGAUGUAAGCCCAACUACGGCGCAUGCCAGAAAGGCACGCGCUCGGUGCCCAUAGAGCUGCUGGAUGUCGCUGGCUUGGUGCCUGGAGCGCAUCAGGGAAAGGGAUUGGGGAAUAAAUUCCUGGACGACCUCCGCCAUGCCGACGCCCUCAUUCACGUGGUAGAUGUUAGCGGGACUACAGACCAAGAAGGCAAGGCCACCCGCGGCUACGAUCCCAGUGUCGACAUCGCCUGGCUGCGCGACGAGAUCGUGAGGUGGGUAUUUGGCAACCUCAUGCAAAAAUGGGGUGGCGUCAAACGCCGCCAUACCGCCAUUAAAGCAACAGCAGUCGAGACAUUGCAAGGCCAAUUCUCCGGCUACGGCGCCAACAGCGCCAUCAUCGCCCGCACCCUCGACCGUCUCGCCCUCAAACAACCGCUGCAAGACUGGGACGACGCGACCAUCCAACUCGUCGUGGAAGCCUUCGUCGAUGAAAAAUUCCCUACAGUAAUCGCGCUGAACAAAAUCGACCACCCAGACGCCGAUAAGAAUAUAUCCAAAAUCGCCAAGCAGCAACCGCCCGAACGACUGGUGCUGUGCUCCGCCAUCUCCGAAGUCUUCCUGCGGAGACUGGUGAAGCAGGGGUUCGUGCAAUACAUCCCCGGCUCUGAGUUCGUCGACACGAGGGAGGAUUUGCUCGACAACGGCGAUUCACCCGAUCAAGUCGACUUGAAGGAACUAGAUGAAAAACUCAAAACCCGCAUCGAGAAUCUCAAAGACAUGGUCCUCUUCCGCUUCGGCAGCACCGGCGUCAACCAAGUCCUGUCCCGCGCUUCAGAAGUGCUGGGUCUAGUCCCCGUCUUCCCCGUGCGGAACAUCGGCUCCUUUGGCAGCGGGGAGGCGGGCUCAGGGGGCGAUCGAGCGGCGGUUUUCAGGGAUUGUGUGUUGGUGCGGAAGGGCAGUACGGUGGGGGAUGUGUAUCGGAAGGUCAUGGGGGAUGCGCCGUUGGCUUUUACCGAGACGGUGGGGGGUGUGCGGGUGGGGGAGGAUGAGGUGGUGGGGGUGGGGAGGAAUGAUAUAUUGAGUUUCAAGGUCGGUCGUGGGUGA